CAACAGUACCAGCUCUGCAGAAAUCGUGUGCUCCUCGUUUCCACUCACUCAAUCGCCAAUUCAUCGUCAAUCCAUCGUCAAUCCAUUAUUCGUGGUUUCCUAGUGAACAGUGAAACUAAAACCACUCGAAUAAAAAAUCAAACCGCCAAUUCUCUAAAUAACAAACAAUAACGAGAUAAUCACAGAUAAUCACAAUCAAAGUUUAAUUGCUAUGACAAGCCCCAGAAAAAAAAUCCCUCCACCCAUAAAAUUGAUCUAAAAUUAUUUAUACUUUUUAUGUAUAUUUAAGGGCGAAAUCAGUAAAUUCAGUUGAAUUUAGAGGAACGAAGAGCGAAGUAAUGUGCGUUGAUUCAUCGCUGAAAAAAAUAAUAAUAACUGGUAAUUUCAAAGUUAAAAGCACGAGUGUAAUGUAUUGAGGCCUCCGAUAAAUCCGAGAGAUUAUGAUAAUCUCGAAUACCUGGUUGUGCACGUUCCCAAGAUAUUCGAAAAAGUUGAAUUUGUAAUUUUCCUGCACGCAAGUGAUAAUACCGGACGUUCGCGGCCUUCAGCACUCAUUGUUCCUUUUUUCAAUGUGAAAAGGAAAAAGAGAGAAUUGAAAUAGUUGGGUAUUGAUUGACUGCCGUGUGGAAUUAAAGGAAAAGAUGCAGAGUCAGAUUCUGCAAAUAGGUAUUCCGUUGAAAUGCACCUGUUGACGUCGAGGGGACGUCCAGAAGUCUCGGGUAGUUCAUCAGGAAUGGAUGCUAUCGUUCACGAUAAAUCUACCUGGUUAUUAUCCUGGUGAAUGACAGGAUAAACACAGCAUCAUGUACCUUCGCUGGAUGUACUAUUGUCUCGUGAUUCUAGGUGUGUCGUUAAUGACUCACGGCUUGGCUGCACCAAAUGUGAAACCAAUGGAAAGUGUCAGUGAUUACGCAAAGGUAUUGGAGUUGUCAUUGAUGUUCUAUGAGGCACAGAGAUCUGGUGAAUUGCCUCCAGAUAACAGAAUUCCCUGGCGUGGGAAUUCCGCUCUUGAUGAUCGGGGACUUCAUGGGGAAGAUCUCACGGGCGGUUAUUACGAUGCUGGGGAUUUUGUUAAAUUUGGUUUCACCAUGGCCUCGACGACGACUCUACUUGCCUGGGGUGUAGUCAGCUGGCCAGAAGCCUACGAAGCCGCGGGUCAACUCGAUCAAGUCCGCAAAUCAAUAAAGUGGGCCACCGAUUACUUCAUCAAGUGUCACGUUAGCGAGUUCGUCUUCUACGGUCAAGUGGGGGAUUUUUCGCUCGAUCACACCUUCUGGGGCAGACCCGAGGAGCUCAACACGACAAGACCUGCAUUCAAAAUCGACAAGGAUCAUCCAGGUUCAGAUCUAGCAGGUGAGACAGCAGCUGCCCUGGCAGCCUCGAGCAUAGUCUUCAAGAUGAUCGAUCCCUCCUACAGCUCAGAGUGUCUACGUCAUGCCCGUGAGCUGUACAAAUUCGCCAACAUCCAUCGCGGCCUCUACCACGAGUCUAUAAAAAAUGCAGCUCAAUUCUACGAGAGCACAGACUACGGUGACGAGCUAGCCUGGGCAGCAGCUUGGCUCUUCAAAGCCACCAACGACGCGAAAUACCUAGAAGACGCCGAGCACCAUUACCAGCACUUCCACCUGAAGGAGAGACCCAACGAGUUCUUCUACAACAAAAAAGUCGCUGGUGUGCAGGUCCUCCUGGCACAGCUGACAGGACAAUCAGAAUAUGAGAACGCAGCUCGUGCUUUCUGCGAUUUCUCAUCGAAACAGCAGAAACGAACCCCAAAAGGUCUAGUUUAUAUCGACAAAUUUGGUACUCUCUGUCAUGCAGCCAAUGUUGCUUUCAUCUGCCUUGAGGCAGCUGAUUCUCCGGGAAUUGGUGAUCCCCAUGAGUACCGUGAAUUCGCCAAACACCAAAUCCAUUAUAUGCUCGGUGGUGGAGGCAGAAGUUAUGUUGUUGGAUGGGGAAUUAAUCCUCCGCAACAGCCUCAUCAUGCUGCCUCGAGUUGCCCCAAUUUACCAACUCACUGUGGCUGGCCUGAAUUCGACCGCAAAGCUCCAAAUCCUCAGAUCCUCUACGGUGCUCUCGUUUCAGGUCCCGAUGAGGCAGAUAAGUUUCGAGAUCACAGAGAGGAUUACGUUUAUACUGAGGUUACGCUUGAUUACAACGCUGGAUUCACCAGUGCACUUGCCGGACUCCUUCAGCUUCAUGUUAAGAAGAAUAAAUGAUUACCAAUAACUAGGAUAUUUUCACUAAAUAAAAAAUUACAAUUGCCAUAUUUCUCGUGGAGAAUAAUUUCUUCAAUAGAAUAAAUGCAAUUGCUGUUUUUUAAAUCCGUUGCAGCCCAGUUCUUGAUGAAUAACUCGACGGAAUAAAUUCAGCGUAAAUUCAUUCGCCAGCGGGAUAAAUUCCGAAGUUUUACGAAUUUGCGAUCAUAAUUUUGAAUUCUGCAUUUUGUGGGGUAAAUUUUGGAAUGAAGUAAUGGGGUGGGUGAAGUUAUUGGGAUAUUUAUUUAUUCGAGUUAAAUGUACUUCGUGCAACCGCGUUCGAAUGGAUUUUUUUCUCAUCGUGCGAAUUCCCUCGAGAAGGGAAUUUGCCCCUUUAUUCUUAGUUUUAUGCUGGAGGCCAUGGGCUGAAAAAUUCAUGAGGCUUGGCGCAUUCCCUGGGGAAUCAUGGUGAAAUUUUAUUAAAGUUUCCUCGAUUUUUAUCGAUAGCUUUCUAAUUUUCUCCGUGGUACUCAAGAUUAUUGAAUGUUGAAUUUAAUAAAAUCGAUAGGUCAAUAAUCAAUAAAAUCAAUAAGCCUCAGAUUUUUAAAAUCAUUGUCAGCAAAAAUGGAUUCCAACAAUUGAAAAAGAUGAUCCAUUACAUUUUCAUUACACAAAUGAUUAUUAAAUUACUAAUAAGAUCCAAGUGAAUUUCUCUCAAAAUAAUUUUGCAGAAUGAAAUAUCUAGAUAAUGAAGAAUAUCUUGGAAAAUUGAGUUACAAACAGCGGAUUUUUCCGCGAAAACCUAGAAGGAUUUAAUGACGAAUGCAUUAAGAUUUUCUUUUGGACUUUUAUAUGUAUACGUAAGGGGAGAGUAUUCACAUGGAAAUACGUGACAAUUCCACAUAAUUUAACUGAGAAGAAGAAGUAAAUUAACGUAGUGUAUUUUUUUUUAGAAUUUCAACAACAUUUGCGUACGAAUAGCUUUUAUUCUUCAUAAAUCAUAAUUUGUUAUUCACCAGUGACACGAGAACUCGAUAAGUUAAGUUUUUAGAAACUUAGAUGAUAUUUCUUCGCUACUGGCUGUGUAUUAUAUUAAUUAGAUAAUUAAAGGAAUUCUAUUGAUUAUACAAAUUCUUUUAAAUUACAUCGAUUCAAAAUUAAAAUAAAUCCUGAAUGCUUGGAGUCUGGAUGCGUGAAUUUUUAUGAAAAGAUGACUUGAAAUGUCUUCUUCAUUUUUAAAAUAUAGAAUUAUUUUGAAGAUAA